UCGGGCGCCCGGCCUCCUUCCACGUCUGGGCUCCCACGUGCGUGUGUGUGAGAGUGUUUGCGCGCGCGUUCGGCCGCCGUGUAAUUUGCUGACGCUCCCCGGCCGGGCCGGAGAGAACGUCCUUCAGGGCCGGGGCCGGUGACCAGCCCCGCGGCCGCCCGCUCCCCGCGCACCAUGCCGGAGCCUGCCCGAGAUGCCCAGCCCGACCUCUACCGCGACACGUGGGUGCGCUACCUGGGUUAUGCUAAUGAAGUGGGAGAGGCCUUCAGAGCCAUUGUGCCCACGUCGCUGGUGUGGCUGAGUUACGGCGUGGCCAGCUCCUACGUGGUGGCCGACGCUGUGGACAAGGGCAAGAAGGCCGGAGCUGCCGCGAGCCCAGAGACAAGCAAGACCACCAAGAUGGCGGUGGCCGUGGUGGACACCUUCGUCUGGCAGGCGCUGGCCUCCGUGGCCAUCCCGGGCUUCACCAUCAACCGUCUGUGCGCCGCUUCUCUCUACGUCCUGGGCAGAGCCACCCGCUGGCCCCUGGCAGCCCGCAAGUGGACGACCACGGCCGUGGGACUCCUGGCCAUUCCCGUCAUCAUCCACCCCAUCGACAGGUCAGUGGACUUCCUGAUGGACUCCAGCCUACGGAAGAUCUACCCUUCCCAAGAGAAGCCCAGCUCUGCUUGAUACAUCUGCCCGUCUUGGACCAGCCCCGCCCGCAUGCCACCUGACAUCUCAUCCUCCUGGGGGACGCCGCCCCCGGAAAGCUCCAGCGGGGGCCGGGCCCGCAGCCCUUGAGCAUUAGAGCUCGGUGGACCCCGGAGAUCGUCUCGUUCAUGCCCCUCACUUGAUGGAGGACGGUGAUGGCCAGGGUGGAGGGAAGAACAUGGCCCUUCCUUAUACUGUGAAGUCGUGGUGGAGCCGGGUCCUGGGACUGCUGGGUCGGGAUUUCUCUCACUCCCCCCCCCCCCAAACCAACACUGUAAGAAGCACACACACACACACACACACACACACACCUCCCCUGCCCUGCCCCAGUUUUUUUUAAGCGUUUUGACUUUUACAAAGUGCUUCCCUCCCAACAGCUCUGAGAGGGCCCUAGUGCCAGUACCAUUAGCCCAGGCGAUGGAUGAAAAAACUGAGGUUCCAAGAGAGAAGCUGAUUUGCCCAAAGUUGCUCAGGGAGAAUUAUGGGAGAGUGCAAUAGCAGUCAGAUGAUCAGGGGCUCUCUUUGGAACAGGGAGGGAGGGAAACCCAGGAUACUGUGACCUCAUUGUGAAGAGCCAGGAAGACCCCUUCCUCCCAUGCCUCUGACCUGGUGAAGACCGCCCAGAGGAGCCUGUGGGUGGCCCUGCAGGAUUCUGGGAGGCUGUGACUUCUCUAGGUGAUCAAUAAACACGAAUCAUGUCCAGCA